GUGCCUGCUGGGAAACUACAAAGUCGGCCAACCGCCAUCUUUCUUUACAGCGAGCUAGUAGGACAAAAUAACAACGAGUUUUGGAUGGUUAUUCUUCCAAAACAGAACCGGUGAAGCAUUCCCUCCUGGUCGUUUAUUGCAGAUAACAACUUUAAAGAGGAGCGAGCGGAACUGAAAUCCAGAUACGGUGCACGUACGACACAGUAGUUUGGUGUAUCCCGCUCGACUUAGUGGAGGUGGUCAACAUGGGCCGCUCACGGAGCCGCAGCUCGUCCCGGUCCAAACACUCCAAAAGCAGCAAGCACAGCAAGAAACGGAGCCGGUCUCGGUCGCGAUCAAAAGACCGGGAGAGGUCCAAGAAGCGCUCCAAGUCCCGAGAAGCCAAACGGAGCCGCCGCAGAGAAUCUCGUUCUCGUUCCCGGUCCACCACAGCCUCGUCCCGCAGAGAGAGAGCAGCCUCGCCGCCGGAGCGCAUCGACAUCUUCGGCAGGACACUGAGCAAGAGAAACGCCCUGGACGAGAAGCAGAGGAAGGAGGAGGAGGAACGGCGGAUAGAAAUGGAGAGACAGAGGAAGAUUCUUUCCGCCAGCCGGCAGCAGGAGAUCGAGGAGAAGCUCAUCGAGGAGGAGACGGCACGGCGAGUGGAGGAGCUGGUAGCCAAGCGGGUGGAGGAGGAGCUGGAGAAGCGAAAGGACGAGAUCGAGCGGGAGGUGCUGCGACGCGUCGAGGAAGCGAAGCGCAUCAUGGAGCGGCAGCUGCUUGAGGAGCUGGAGAGGCAGCGGCAGGCUGAGUUGGCAGCGCAGAAGGCCAGAGAGGAGGAAGAAAAAUCUAAGCGGGAGGAGCUGGAAAAAAUCCUGGAGGAGAAUAACCGCAAGAUCGCCGAGGCUCAGGCCAAGCUGGCUGAGGAGCAGUUGCGUAUUGUGGAGGAGCAGAGAAAGAUUCACGAGGAGCGCAUGAAGCUGGAGCAGGACCGUCAGAAACAGCAGAAGGAGGAGCAGAAAAUCAUCCUCGGCAAGGGCAAGUCCAGGCCCAAGCUCUCCUUCUCCCUGAAGGCCACCGAAUGAAGACUGCUCCCCCUUCGUCCACAUGUCGCGCCCCUGCCUUCAUCCCCACCCCCCCAUCCAGAUCUCCCUCCUCAUCAUUCGACCCCACGCCUCCUCCUCCUCCUCCUCUGUGGAACGCUCGCUUCGUUUUGGAAGUGCUGAAGGAAGGCCGAGCAGAGGGCCGCAGCCCGGUGUGUUGACUCGUCCCCCCUGCGGAGGCCCGUGUUGCUGCUCCCGGCCUUGAAGAGGAGGCAGCUCUUCGCCCAGGAAGGACCUGACUGCUCCCUCCAUCCUUCCUCACCCCUCCCCUCCUCCACACACCGCACAGAUGACUCUUGUUUGUGCCGUUUUUUUUUUUUUUUUUUUUUCUCUCUCUCGGUUUUUAUUUACAUUUUUAGGGAACUUGAACUUUUGAUGUAGAUUGCUAUAACAUGUCGUCCCCCCUCCCCCGGCCCUGCAAGUCUUAACUCUGGUGUAUCAGCGAGCAAACUGUGCGCCUGUGCUCUUCUUCUCACAUGUCUUCACAGCCAGCAAACAAUAGAGCUCCAGCCCCCGAUUUAGAAGAAGUAUGUGUGACUUUGUCUAGUUCAGCUUUACUGUAAAAAAGCUUCAUGUGCAGCCUGGGAGUCGGCCUGUGGUUUUCCCGUUCUCGUUGAACACAAGGUUCCUAAAAUGGCUGCCGCUGGUGGUAACAAAUCACAGCGCUGCCCUCUUUUUUUCUUUUUUUAAAAGCACAGUUAACUUCCCGUCCAGCUGACAGGUUUGUGUCUUCCACCUUCUCUUCGCUUCCUCCUCACCGUAUAAAUCCACGGCGUCUUUUCUUUCUGCUUCAGCUGUCUGCCAUGUAUAUAAUUUUUUUUUUUCUAAAGGACACAGCAGCAUGUUGAGAGGAAACGUAAAAGCUCGUGUGUUUUUAGAUUUUUGAAGUCACAGGUGAACUCGGCCUCGACUCCCAAGCUGCUCAUGACUGAACCACAAACCCUACAACAGGAUAUGUGUCUCGUCCACGAUAACGAGCCCUGUGGGUGACGAGGAGCGAGAGAGCGAGAGAGCGGACAUUUCCUGUGUGAUGUAAUGUUAUUAGCCUUGCUGUGAUGUCCCUCCUCCCCUCCCCCACCCCAAAAAAAGUUUAGGAUUGUGUCAUGAAAUUGAACCAAGGUUAGCAAACCAACAUCCACAGUCACGGUGUAUCUGGAGUUUUGUGUUAUCAGACUCUGACCUGUACGAAAACGCCCUUCUCAGUUUUGUUGUAGUAAAUUAACUUGCAAGGCGCCUCACUUGGUAAGUCUUGAGUCGUAGAGGAUGGACAAGUUCAGGUAAGAUAAGGUGUGAGGUCGGCAGCUGUGUGUGUGUGAAUGUGUGUGUGAGAGUGUGUGACUGAGCGAGUGAGUGAGUGUGUGUGUUGGUGAGUGACAGGCUGACCUCAGGUGGGUAUACUGACUCUCUGUUUUGUCGUGGGAUUUUGAAUUUGUCAUGUAAUUUCCCCCCUCCAAUUGUCAAGGGACUGAACAGUUCAAUAAAUCCAUUGAAUGCCUCCCGA